CCGGGAAAGAGGGACGCCGGAGGGAUGUGUUUGCAAUUCAAAGCCUUGGCUUUCUGCCAGCCUCUUUUCUAAAUAAAAAGGCAGGAGCUGCGGUGAGGUGCAAAGGGUCUUUCGAAUUGCAGUGUCCCUGCGAUCCGGAGAUCCCAGUAUCCGCCGCUUUUAUCUGCUUCUGAAGCAAACGGGGAAAGGGCAAGGAUGGUGGAGGCUUUCUGUGCUACCUGGAAGCUGACGGACAGUCAGAACUUUGAUGAGUACAUGAAGGCGCUUGGUGUGGGCUUUGCCACUAGGCAGGUGGGCAAUGUGACUAAGCCAACAGUGAUCAUCAGUCAGGAGGGGGACAGAGUGGUGAUCAGAACUCAAAGCACAUUCAAAAACACAGAGAUUAGUUUCCAUCUGGGAGAAGAGUUUGAUGAAACCACUGCAGACGACAGAAGCUGUAAGUCUGUUGUUAGCCUGGAUGGAGACAAACUUGUUCAUGUACAGAAAUGGGAUGGCAAAGAAACAAAUUUUGUAAGAGAGAUUAAGGACGGCAAAAUGGUCAUGACUCUUACUUUUGGCAAUGUGGUUGCUGUUCGCCACUAUGAGAAGGCAUAGAAAACAUCCUGACCUGGGGCUGGAGAAGCUCUACAAUAUUCCUGUUGAGUAUACUCAAGUCUCAGUGUAAAACUGCUAUUACAGUGCGGCUGAUCACUAAUUAGAAGGUUACCUUGGUGUGGAGGUGGAAAAUGAUGACUUUAAACCUUGUUUUAAAAACUUGUUGCUGCAAGCAAUCAAAGCCAUUUUUGAUCUGCAAAUUUAUUGCAUGUUAUAAUCCACAUUAAAGUUUUAAGCUACUGUUUUUAAAAUCAAGAAGGGAAUAUGUGCUAUAAUUUCCACUGGAAUGCAAAUCAAAUUGGAAUAAAAAAAUCUUACACCCA